AUGGCACCUCGUAGAAAGAGGAAGGCUUCUUCGUAUUACUAUUAUGAAAAUGGUGGGGAUUUUCCAGAACACGGAGCCAUUUUCAUGUCAAGCAGUGCUACAAAAGAAGAAUGUCUUCGGAGGAACCUCUUUGGCCUUCCUAUGGCUUUUGCUGAUUUUGUUGAAGCUGUGAGGCCUGGAAUGAUCUUAUUUCUGUAUGAAUAUGAGUCCAGGAAGCUCCAUGGUGUCUUUGAGGCUACUUCUAAUGGCCAACUGAAUAUUGUUCCCCACGCGUUUCGUUCCUGUUCUCCUAAGUCUUUCCCUGCCCAGGUUCGUGUUCGUGUCAUCCGGGACUGUCCUCCUCUUCUGGAAGAUGAAUUUCGUGAUGCCAUCGCUGAUAAUUACUAUGAUAAUCACAAGUUCAAAUUUGGCUUGUCUGAGCAACAGGUAAUCAGGCUUCAGAGACUUUUCUAUACCCAACAAAUGAGAGUUGAAAAACCACUGGUUAUGGGAGACUACAUUCCGCUCACUCCCUCGGGUUGCUGUGACAUUAAAGUUGAAGUGUCCUUGAAGGGCUUAUACUCGGACAGAAUGGAGCACAGGACGAGUGUUUCUAAUUUUAACCUGCAUCUGCAAGCUGCUGGAGACAGUCUUGGUACUUCAUCAACGAAACAGCUGACUUACUCUGAUAUGGUUCCUAGAUUUGUCCGUCAGAAGGAGAAAGAACUUUGUCAAGUUGAUCAUCAUCAUCCAGGGAACAAGAUAGUAGAUAUGGAACUUGGUGAGAUUGGGUUAUCCAGAAGAGCUAGUGUAUUCUCGCGAUUGACUUACACUUAA